AAUAGCUUUUUUACUUUAAUUAUCUUCAUGCCGAAUUUACCGAUGAUAUAUCGCCCAAUAAUGUCACACAGUGCAACGUCAACGAAACAAAAUGGCUGCGCCCAUGUCUGAUUUGUAAACAUCUUGAUCUUCAUGAGAAAUUCAUGAUCAAAGAGGACAUGGUUGAAUCUGAAUAGCACUUGACAAUGAGCUGGUGGGACUCAACUGGUAUCUCCAGCUUUGCAACACAGGCUCUGAAGAAUGCCCAGAAAAAGAUUGACAAAGUUCUGGACAUUACAGAGGAUGAGGCUAGUGGAGGGUCUCCGACUGUCACAGACAGCAAAGAAGCGAAGAAAAGGGAAGAACCCAAAACAGAGCAUGACACAGGCUCAUCCUGGUCCUCAUGGGGGUCCUUUGUAUCGGACAAGGGGAAGUCUGAGGGGGAGGGGGACAGCAGAAGUGCGUGGUCCAUGCCCUGGGGCAUGGAUACCAGCUUCACCAAACAAACCAAACCAGACCAGGUAAAGUCAUCAAAGACCCCCACAGGUGAAAAGACAGAGGUGAAACCACCAGUCACAAAGUCUGGAGGACCACCACCAAACAGUAAGAAGGGGGCGCUGAAAUUGAAAUCAAGCACCCACAGUGAAAAGACAGACAAGGAGCAGGAGGAAAAUGUGGGGGCUAAGUCAGAUGUGGAAUUAGAGAGUGAUCGGAUCUCAGAAGAGAGUGAAUCAGUAAAAGCUUCCUACUCGCAGGAAAAUAAAGCUGUUGUUGACGAGAGUGAAAUAAUAUUGACUCAGAGUAUAAAAAAUUCUGAAAUGGAUAAGAUAUCAGAUGAAAACAGAUUAACAGAGGACCCAUUAGAUCAACAGAAAAGUCAUAAUAAGUCUAUGGAUUCUGUAGAAAGUACACAUUCCAAUUUCAGCAUGGUAGAAUCAGAUAGCACUGCCAGGGAGUCACCAUUACUUGGUGUCCCUGAGUCAGGAGAAAAGUCAGAAGAAAUGGAGAAUAAUGAACAGAUAAACACUGGAGAACUGUCAUCAAUGAUUCCUGUAGCAACGACUCCUUUAGAGGUACACAAUUCUGAUUCAGUAGAAGUAUUAGACAUUUCAGAAGAAAAAGAAGGAACAAAUGGUGAUGUGAAAAAUGAGUCAGAGCCGUAUCCUGAAGAUCAGACUCAGCAGACAGUGGAGGAUAGUGGAAGUUUUCAGGAUUUAGGUGAUAACAGUAUCGGAAAGGACAAAGUGGGAAUUCUAAAUAAAGAUUUGGAAGAUGGUGAAAAUGUAGGAAAAAUGGAUAAAGGAAAUGAUCAAGAGUCAAACUUGGGAACUUCAAUAUGUGAAAAAGACAUGAAAGAAACUAGUCCUGCUGAUAACACUGAGGGUGUUACCGAGAAUGAAAGUAAAUCUCAACCUGUGGACAUUCCAUCUAGUGCAUUAGACAUUGACCAGUAUAAAAUGUCUGAUUUACCACUCAGCCCGUCCACAGCGAGCUCUCUUGGUGGUACAGAUUCAGACACUAACAAACUCGACAGUAGUUUAGACACGUAUACAUCCGAUGAAACAGUUGUUGGUCAGAAAAUGACGAAAUCCGAUGACAGCAUUCCUGAGGACGACACAACAGAAAACAUUCCUGAUUCCACUGAAAAUCAAGAUGACGAAAUCUCGAAGAGACUGGAGGAAAUUUCUCCCAGUAGUUCCUAUGUGAAGUGCAUGAUUGAAGACGCCAUGGAUGACAGCGCUAAACUGGAAGAUACUGGCAGCGACACGCCAUCCAAAUCUGAAUGUUCCCGCAGCACGGGCGGUCACGACUCAGGGGACGAGAUAUCAACCACCACUUCAUCCGACAUAGAAAUCAUAUCCACCCCAACAUCCAAUGGAGACGGGUCCAGAAUGGUGGACCUGUCCCCCUUGAAGAUAUCCCUGCAGAAGACGGCGAGGCGGGGAGGAAGCCCCACCCACAGACGGACAGACAGCCAGUCAAGCUCCAGUACUAACAGCAGAGAGGGUCAGUUUGAGCAGCUGAGCCCGGGGAGGGAUUACCAGGACGAGGAGGAUCGAAGAGGGGCUCACUCUAUGCAGGAAGGUGGAAGACAUGACCUAUUUCCGCUGAGUGAACAUUUUGAGAAUGACCAGCAGCAGAAGCUGAUAAAGUUACAGACCGUUCCGGAGAACUCGGACACCACUAACAGUGAUGUUACGUACCAACAGAAAAUUGCGGAAUUAACAGAGAUUCUUCAGGCGAGAGAAAGCAAGCUGGUACAGCUCAGUAAAGACAACAAUGACAUGAUGGAGACCAACAACAUACUACGCAAUCAAAUUCAGCAGUUAGAGGAACUGAGAGAGACAGAGACAGAAGAUGUGAAUAGUGUGUCUUCUGAAUUCACAAAGAGGCUCUCGGAGGCCGAGAAGAAGAUAAACCAAGUCAUACGGGAGAAAGACAGCAUGAAGAAGCAGCUCCAAGACACUCAGGAGGAAUUAGCCAAACAAACAAAAGAAAAUUCUCAGCAGGUUCAGGAGAAAGACCAGCAGAUCUCAGAGCUUCUACAGGAAGGGGAAAAGCUCUCAAAACAACAGUUACAGAGUAACAACAUUAUCAAGAAACUCCGAGCAAAGGAGAAGGAAAAUGACUCACUCAUCACAUCACAAAAGAAGAAGUUGGAGGAGCAGAAGACAGAGUUGGAACACCUGCGUAAGGUGUGUGAGGUCAAGGAUGAUCUAGAAAAGAAGCAGACAGAAGCUAUCAAUCAGUUGAAUUCAGCUGUACAGAAACAAGAAAGAGAGAAAUCCAAGCUAAAGAGUGAUUUAGAGGAUGCACAAGAAAGAGUUCGGGGUCUACAGACAGCUCUGGACAACUCCUAUAAGGAAAUAGCAGAAUUACACCGCUCUAAUGCUGCUCAGGACAGCAAGGCAGCCGAGACAGCUCUAAGUCUCGAGAUGCAGGUCAGAGAGGAACUCAAGGCACAACUCGAGCAGGAACGCAAGAGUAACAAGCAGGAGAAAGAAUCUCUCAUCACCCAGAUUGAGGACCUGAGAUUGACAGUAUCCAGAAUGGAGAAAGAACACAACAGACGAGAAGAUCUGCUUCGUCAGGAAAUCUCUGACCUACAGAGGCAUUUACAAGAGGAUGAAGCAAGAAACCAGGAUCUUACACAAAAUGUUACGUCCGCCACUCGUCCCCUGCUGAGACAGAUAGAGAACCUCCAGUCUACAUACGCCGCCCAGUCCGUAUCCUGGGAGAAACUCGAGAAGAACCUCUCUGACAGACUUGUGGACAAUCAGACUCAGCUGGCUAUGGUAACAGAGAAGGAGAGAUCAGCCAAUGAGAAAGUGAUGGAGCUUUCGACUCAAGUGGCGUCCCUGGAAUCUCAGAGCAGUCGUCUCCGUCAGGACAAAGCUCAACUCACUGCCCAGCUCGAGAUGUUAAAGACAAAAAUCCAGGUCUUAGAGGAUGCCAAACACAGUGAAACAGCUCAGAUUGAGGCUAUCAAACAACAGAUGUCACAGGAAAUCUCGGAUCUCAGAAAAGAAAAGGUGUUCCUAGAGACUCAGUUGGACAUGGAGAAGAACCGAGUGGAUCAGGAGAGGAAGAAGCUGACACUGGCCCACGAACAGAUCGCUCAGCUGGAGAGGGACCUUCAGCGCCCCCAGUCCAGGGGAUCUGUGUCACCCCAAUCUGUGUCAAGGUCAGAGAGUGUGGCUGGGGAUCCAGGGCCCAUGUCUAUUUCAUUCUCACAGGAUGAUUUGGAGAGGAGUUUUGUAAUGUCUCCAGUAUCCAGUAGAUCUACUCUAUAUGAGAGUGUUCGACAAGGGGGCGGAGCCACAAACUUGAUUGACAGUCUUCAGUCACAGCUCAAGCAAAGGGAUGGUGAAAUCUUCCAGCUGCGGAGUGAUAUCCAACAGCUGGAGAGAACUCGGGAGUCCAUGGCACGAGAGCUUGUCAAUCUGACCAAUCAAAAUGAAGAAAUUAUGGAAAAAAUUGAAGAAUUACCACUACUUAAGAAACAAUAUGAGGAGCUGAACCAAAGAUACGAUGCUCUGUUACAAAUGUAUGGAGAAAAAGUGGAAGAAGCUGACGAACUCCGACUAGACCUUCAGGAUGUCAAGGAAAUGUACAAGUUACAGAUUGAUCACCUUCUUGCCAAGUAGUGGGGAUAGAGACAUCGUGAGACAUAAUGCAAUCCUGUGAUAAAAACACUCCAUCCCAUUAGUGGGUUCCUAGACUCCACCGACAAGAUGUUUGGUUUCAUAAAAAAGGAGUGGUUUUGAUUCUGUUAUAAACUUCCCAGGAAUAUGAACAUUGAUUUGAUGAGUGUACAUAUCUUAAUUUUCUGUAUAAAAGUACCUAGAUGUAAUCUUUGGUACUGGGUUCUUGCAUGAUCAGUGCUCUUCUUUUACAAUGUUCUCUGUCAUGUUUUCUUUAAGAAAAAUCAAUUCUUUUAAAAAUUAACAAAUUGCAUUAGAAACAAGCGAUACUUGCAUGGCUUGUAAUGAAAUACAAGUAUUUAUCAAUACAUUUGUCAUGAUUUGUGUAUGUGUGGGGAUGAGCGAUACCCGGGGCUUUCAGUGGUGAGAGGGGACAGUGGGGUGUCCAGUCAUUAAUAAGCUAUGUAUAAAUCUGUGUACAUUGUACAUUGUAAAUGUAUGAUGUACAAAUGUAUGUCUCUGAUGGUUAAUCCAAUGUAUGUGUAAGGUUUAUCAUUUAGAUCGGUAUCUCAUCUGAAAGAUUUUCAUUUUUCUUACCUGGUCCCUGAAUUAUCCAGUGGUUUUUCUCUAGGUUCACAGCAUCAUGGUAAGCAUUCAUGGAGUUAACAUUUCCUUUUGCAUUUAUGAGGUUUUAAAAUAUAGUUGAUUUCUGUUAUAUAAAAAAACAACUGUAUUAUGCAAUGGUACAUUGUAUCCAUUUUUGGACAUUGCAUCUAAUAUUAUUCCUGAUGUAUUUAUUUAUUAAUGAACUACAGUAGCUAUUUUUUAUUUUGACAUGCCAUAUACAUGCACUGUCACUUGUUAAGUUAAUGUAUGACUGUACGUGAAAUAAAACCUGAUUUGCUAUUCAGUACUUUAA